AUGGAUCGAGAUGAGGAUACGGUCAUGCGAGAUUCGGGACCCCCUUUCUCCACUGCUCCUGCAAGAGCAACGACUGAAGAUAGCUUGCAACCAGCGACUUUGUUAGGAAUGCCUAAGCUUCCUUCAAGUCUGUUGUCGGCACCAGCUGGCAAUCCUAUACCUUCUACAGACAUUCAUGGCUUGACCAAGUCGAUUGAAGAUGAGGGUCUUCACAUGAUCAAGUCCAGUGAAGAAUCAGAUAGUAUCAUGGAAGAGAACUCGGACUGGUCCGUUGACGAUACUUCUGCGACAGCUCCAGGAUUGCCUGUUGCAUCCUUAGCGACGGGGCUAUGUUAUGAUAUUCGAAUGCGCUAUCACUGCGAGGUUCGGCCUGCUGCUGAAGUGCAUCCCGAGGAUCCUCGGCGUAUCUAUUAUAUCUACAAGGAGAUCUGUCGAGCUGGUCUCAUUGAGGACUUGGAUAUUGUCUCUUCGCCAAAGCCGCUUGUGCCUAUGCCUUUGAAGCGGAUUGAUGUGCGGAACGCUACGAAAGAGGAGGUGGAGUUGGUUCAUACGGACGAGCAUUUUCAAUUUGUCUCGGAUACCCAGAACCUCCCCGAUGAAACUCUCAUCAUGCUUGAGGAGUCUCGGGAUUCCAUUUACUUUAAUCGACUUACAUUUGCCUCUGCUCUCCUUUCAGCUGGCGGAGCCAUUGAGACGUGUUUAGCGGUUGCUACGCGUAAAGUCAAGAAUGCCAUUGCUGUCAUUCGACCUCCUGGCCAUCACGCUGAACAUGACAAGACUAUGGGGUUCUGUUUGUUCAAUAAUGUAUCUAUAGCUGCCAAAGUAUGCCAGCGCAAAUUAGGGGAAGCUUGUCGGAAAAUUUUGAUUGUUGAUUGGGAUGUACAUCAUGGAAAUGGCAUCCAAAAAGCAUUCUACGAUGAGCCUAAUGUCCUCUAUAUCUCACUACAUGUAUAUGCCGAUGGUAAAUUCUAUCCUGGUGGUAAAGAAGGUAACUGGGAUGCUGUCGGCGAGGGCGCUGGACUGGGAAAAAACAUCAAUAUACCAUGGCCAUCUCAAGGAAUGGGAGACGGAGAUUACAUGUUUGCAUUUCAGCAGGUCAUAAUGCCUAUUGCAAGCGAGUUUGAUCCUGAUUUGGUAAUUGUGGCCUCAGGAUUUGAUGCAGCGGCUGGUGACGAGCUGGGUGGCUGUUUUGUGACUCCGGCUUGUUACUCUCACAUGACCCAUAUGCUGAUGACGCUGGCUAAUGGGAAAGUGUCUGUUUGUCUAGAGGGCGGUUACAAUUUCCGUUCUAUCUCCAAGUCUGCUUUGGCAGUGACAAAGACACUUAUGGGAGAACCUCCUGCGCGACUCGCAGCUACAAUGCCAUCAAAUCCGGCUGUACAGGUUGUGCGAACCGUCAUGGCUGCCCAGUCGAAGUAUUGGCGAUGCAUGUAUCCAAAGAUCCCAACGCAGGAGGGGCUCUACACCGACAGAUUUCAUGAUGUCAUUCGUCAAUAUCAGGCCAAAAAGCUCUAUGACAAUUACAAGCUCACCAGUUUGUGGAUCUAUCGAGCGUCGAUCUCAAAGUCGUUUGAAAAUCAGGUCCUAGCAAGUUCCAACUAUGACAAGGCCGUCCCUCUGGUUGUGAUUUUCCAUGAUCCACCUGAUAUGAUGGGCAUACACCACCCAAUCACAAACAAACUCGAGCCACAUAACUGCUGGAUGGCGGACGUUGUCAAGGACUAUAUCGCAUGGGCACAUCGACGGAACUAUGCCAUCAUCGAUGUCAACAUUCCCAAACAUGUCACUGCAGAUUCUUCAGAUAUCGGUAAAUUCGAGGAAGAUGACGUUGACCGACCCGCUCAGACUGAAGAAUUGGCUGGAUACUUGUGGGAUAAUUACAUUGAGCCAAAUGAUGCUACCCAUAUCUUCUUCAUUGGAGUCGGCGAUGCAUUCUAUGGUGUGGCUAAUCUUCUGAUCAACCGAGAUAGCAUCUAUCAACGUGUCAACAGCGUGAUUUCAUUUGUCGCCGAAAACCCUGUUCGGGCUGUGGCAUCACCGACACAAACCUGGCUCUCACGGUGGUACAAAGAUAACUCCCUGGUCUUCGUCGCUCAUACCCACGGUGUAUGGCACAACGAGAAUCGACGCAAGCCCUCCAAACGAUAUGGUCGGUUGCUACGAUCUCCUAAAACUGGGCUCAAUGAGAUGCUUCUUCAACACAAGACCGAGGUUUUCACGUGGAUUGAGCAGCGGGUUAACGUGGAUGCUGAUGAGACUGAUGAAGAUGAGACCGAAGAGGCCAAAGAGUGAGGAGGACUAUUCACCGAUGGAUCGAAUUUGCGAAAGCGAUGUUUCCAUUUUCAGAAGAGGAUGGUGACUUUAGGCGUGACGGCGAAAGUAGCUACUCCACGGCGUAUAUCAUAUGCAGUACUUUCAAAGAAGCAUGGUGUAUCACCAUUCUCAUCUACCUAUAGCCAACCCAAUCAAAUGAUUACGAUAUU